AUGUCAAUCAAACAAGAGGCCAUCUUCAUCGGCGCCAACAGACAAAACCAAGUAAGCAGCUACAACAAAUCCCUCAACAUCGUAGCAUUUGGUGCCUGCAACACAAUCGCAUUAUGGGACCCCUUAGAUCCCUCGAACCAUGGUGUCAUUCAAACUUUGAAAGGUCAUGAAGCAGACGUGACCUGUGUUAAGUUUAUCCAUGGUACACCCUUUAUGAUCUCUGCUUCCGAGGAUCACCACGUUAAAGUUUGGAAAGUUACUGAUAACGUAUGGAAUUGUGUGCAAACUAUCCAACAUUAUCAGAAUACUAUCGUUGCCUUGGAUGUCUUGGAAGAUUUGUUCGUUGUCGGAUGUGCUGAUGGGAAUGUAUCCAUUUGGGUUCGUGAAAAUGAGUUGGAUACUUUCGUUAUGAGUCAGGAAUUUAUAGUGCAGCAAGGAGUCUUGCCUUUAUCAUUUGCUUUGUCUAACGUUACAGAUAACAAGUACUUGUUGGCUAUUGGUGGUACCAAUGUUAAUGUUUUCAUUUAUUCAUUUGUGUUUAGUAGAACCCAAGGCGUAGAUGCCAUUCAUGAUUGUAAAUUGGCCGCGAAGUUAGAAGGUCAUGAAGAUUGGAUUAAAUCAAUGGCCUUUCGUCAUCAAGAAACUCCAGGUGAUUAUUUAUUGUGUUCUGGUUCUCAAGAUCGUUAUAUUAGACUUUGGAGAAUUAGAAUUAAUGAUUUGAUCGAAGAACAAGAUGAUGAAAAUGAUGAAAAUAAAUUGGAAUUAUUAAACAAUAAACAAUAUAAAUUCCAUGUAGCAGAUGACCUAAAAGUUUGUAUCAAUUUCGAAGCAUUGAUCAUGGGUCAUGAUGAUUGGAUUUCUUCAUUACAGUGGCAUGAAACACGUUUACAGUUGUUAGCCUCCACGGCAGACACAGCGUUAAUGGUAUGGGAGCCGGAUGAAGCCUCUGGGAUUUGGGUAUGUGGAUUGAGACUAGGUGAAUUAUCAUCUAAGGGUGCCUCAACCGCAACUGGGUCAGCUGGUGGGUUCUGGUCCUGUCUUUGGUUUUCUUCUGAAGACAAUGUCGACUAUAUUUUAACAAAUGGUAGGACGGGUUCUUGGAGAAUUUGGAAACUUACUGAUAAUAAUCAAACUUGUGAACAAGAAUUAGGUAUUUCUGGUCCAAUAAAGGAAGUUACUGACAUUGCAUGGGCUCCAAAUGGAAAAUAUUUACUUGCUACAUCAUUAGAUCAAACUACAAGACUUUUUGCCCCAUGGUUGUACAACGCCGAUAAAUCAAAAAGAUCUACAAUUACCUGGCAUGAAUUUUCAAGACCCCAAAUUCAUGGUUAUGAUAUGAUUUGUGUAGAACCAAUAACAAAUACGAGGUUUAUCAGUGGUGGUGAUGAGAAGAUUUUAAGAUCCUUUGAUGAACCUAAGGGGGUCGCCCAAAUCUUGGAUAAAUUUACAGAUAUAAAAUUAGAUACUACGGCUGUUAUGCCAGAAACCGCAUCUGUGCCAGUUUUAGGGCUUUCAAAUAAAGCUGAUAAUCCAGAUGAUAGUGAAGAUGAAGAUGACGACGAAGUAAAUCAUGUUGGAGAAGAAAAGAAUAUUGCUACAUCCGAAUUAGUUGAAGGUAUGACCACUCCUCCAAAGGAAGACCAAUUACAAAGACAUUUACUAUGGCCAGAAAUUGAAAAAUUAUAUGGUCACGGUUAUGAAAUUACAUGUGUUGAUGUUUCUCCAGAUGGGAAAUUCAUUGCCUCAGCUUGUAGAUCAAAUACUCCGCAACAUGCUGUAAUUAGGAUAUUUGAAACAGGAAAUUGGUUAGAAGUGAAACCAGUAUUGGAAUUUCAUACUCUAACUAUAACAAGAUUGGAGUUUUCUCAUGAUAACAAAUAUUUGUUAUCAGUUUGUAGAGAUAGACAAUGGGCAGUAUGGGAACGAACAGCUGAUGGCAAGGGAUUUAGUUUGAAAUAUAACAACGUCAAGCCACAUUCUAGAAUUAUUUGGGAUGGUGAUUGGGUUCCAACAGAAUUCGGUACUGCAUUCAUUACUGGAUCAAGAGAUAGAACUAUCAAAAUGUGGAAUUUUGAUGAAUCUAAAGACGAUUUUAUCUUGGAAAAUUCAUUUAAACAUACCAAACCUGUAACUGCGCUCUCCGUUUACGAUUAUGUCGUAGAUAAAAAGAUAUUGGUAGCUGUCGGUUUAGAAACUGGGGAAAUCUUCGUUUAUAAAUAUGACUCAGAAGACGGAUUCCAACUUGUUCAUACUUUAGAAGAUAGCAUAACUCCAGCAGGGAAAAUUACUAGAUUAAGAUGGUCAACUGCCGACAUGGACAAGAGAAUGUUAUUAGGUGUAUCGAGUAACGAUAGUUCAGCACGUAUAUAUUCUAUUCCAAAAGUUUGA